AACCUAAACAGUUUUCAUUUUUGUUUGUUCAACACACAAUUCGAUGCCUCAAUCAGCGGCUACAAAAGGCUACAGACUGCGACGUCUGCCACAUCGUCGCUUUCUUGUGCGCCACUUGCUGUUGAACAUUUUGCAAUUGUUGCUGCAAUCGAAGCGUCCGAUGCGCGACAUUGAAAUCAUCUCCACGCUCUGUCGCCAAUAUGAACGCUUCGAUCCCGCAUUUCAGCAUCAGGUGCGCAUCAAUCUGUUGGAUGCCGUUGACUAUGGCCUGGUGAAGCGAUUGCAAUUGGAUGUGUUCGCGUUGCGUGCGAAGCGUUUUGCCCAGAUCAUCGAGCAACUCAAAUUUCCAUAAAAUUGUGAACUCAAAUCAACAAAUAGUAGUACAACAAAAUAU